CCUAAUAAGUGAUAAACUCCGGGACUGAAAAUGGCGACGGCGGGGAGCCGGACCUCGUCGUCGGGAAUAUACGAGUCGAAUAACAGCACAAACGUUGAAAGCUGUCUUCAAGGAAAUUCAAGCACCCCUAGUCUUCCAAGCAGUCACGGUAAGGCGAAGAGUAGUACAGGGGAAAACUCACAAUGGAGACGUAAAGAUCUACGCAAAGUCCGAAGUGUGGAUCUGGAUAAACCUGAGUCGCUGCUCCUAUCUCCUGAGACUGGGACGGCUCCGAUAUCCGCGCAGCUUCACUUCUUGUCCAUUUCCUCGCCUGGUGCGGUCCAGGCUACUUUAUUACAGAAAACACCCCACAUUCAGCAGAGCAACUCACUAACUGAUCACCCUCUCUCGGAUAAAACGACUAAUAGUUUGUCUACAGCCGCUCAGGAAUUGUUGAAAACUUCUUUCAAAAACAGCAGCGACCAUCUCAGUCCGGAUAAUGGUGCAACCGUAACUUCAAUAGAAGUUAAUACUACACAAAAUAGUCGCGACAUGGAGAGUAAGGAUACCCUGCGGGGUCUGCAGAAGAUGGAAGACCGGCCCGAGGAGCGGAUGAUCCGGGAGAAGCUCAAGGCCACCUGCAUGCCCACCUGGAAGCACGAGUGGCUGGAGAGACGUAGCAGGAGGGGCCCGGUGGUGGUGAAGCCCGUCCCCCUGCGACCGGACGGGAGCGAGGCGGGCUGCAAAGGGGCAGAGGUCGGAGUUGACUCACCCACCAGCUCCUCCCCCCAGCAGAGCAGAGGCCGCCGCAGCCCCUCCCCUGGACCCCCCUCUUCCUCCUCCUCUUCCUCUGGCAGGGUCGGUGGGAAGCCCGAGUCCCCCGGGGUGCGCAGGAAGAGGGCCUCACCCGUGCCGUUUCAGAGUGGCAGGGUGACGCCCCCUCGCCGGGCGCCCUCUCCAGACGGCUUCUCCCCCUACAGUCCUGAGGAGACCAGUCGCCGUGUCAACAAGGUCAUGAGGGCUCGCCUCUACCUACUGCAGCAGAUAGGCCCCAACUCUUUUCUGAUUGGAGGAGACAGCCCCGACAACAAAUACAGGGUGUUCAUUGGUCCACAGACCUGUAGCUGUGGCCGAGGGGCAUUCUGUAUCCACGUCCUCUUCGUCAUGCUCCGUGUCUUCCAGCUGGAGCCCUCAGACCCCCUGCUCUGGAGGAAAACCCUCAAAAACUUUGAGGUGGAGAGCUUGUUCCAGAAGUACCACAAUCGCCGCAGCUCGCGCAUCAAGGCACCGUCGCGCAACACCAUUCAGAAGUUUGUGUCGCGCAUGUCCAACCCCCACACGUCCUGUCCGUCCAGCAACUCUGGCGCCUCGAGCAAUGACAGCAGUAGUCUGAAGGAUGAAGAGGAGCAGAUGUGUCCUAUCUGUCUGUUGGACAUGCUGGAUGAGGAGAGUCUGACUGUGUGUGAGGAAGGCUGCAGGAACAAGCUACACCACCACUGCAUGUCUAUCUGGGCUGAGGAAUGCCGGCGGAACCACGAGACGCUCAUCUGCCCCCUCUGUAGAGCCAAGUGGAAGUCCCAUGAUUUUUACAGCCAUGACCCCUCAUCUGUCUCCAUGGAGAAUGCGGCAGCGUCAUCGUCCCACAGUGAAGGGGGUUCAAGAGGGGGGUCAUCGUCCCAGGAGGGGGACUUCACCCUGCCCCAAUACGGGGUCCAGCAGAUCCCCCAGACCUACAAAGAACUUGCUGAGCCUUGGAUAAAGGUGUUUGGCAUGGAGGUGGUGGGUUGUCUGUUCUCUAGGAACUGGAGCAUCAGGGAGAUGGCCCUGCGGCGGCUGUCGCAUGACGUCAGCGGCGCGCUCCUCCUGGCCAAUGGCGAACGCUCCUGGCCGGGGGCGGGGCUAGGGGCCGGGGCGGGCUGCUCUGAGGUGUCAGGUGACGUGGUGGUGGAGUCAUGCUGUAGUGUCCUCUCCAUGGUGUGUGCUGACCCUGUCUACAAGGUCUACGUGGCUGCACUGAAAACCUUGCGGGCCAUGCUGGUGUACACGCCCUGCCACUCCGUGUCUGAACGCUCGCGCCUGCAGCAGCUGCUCCGGUCCGUGGUGGAGACCAUCCUGGUCAAAUGUGCCGACGCCAACAGUCGUACCAGCCAGCUGUCGGUGUCCACACUACUGGAGCUGUGUAAAGGCCAGCUGGGAGAGCUGGCUGUAGGUAGAGAGAUCCUCAAAGCAGGGUCCAUUGGUAUUGGCGGGGUGGACUAUGUCCUGAACUGCAUCCUGGGGCCCCAGACUGAGGCCAAUAACUGGCAGGCCCUGCUGGGCCGUCUGUGUCUGAUUGACAGGCUCCUGCUGGAGUUCCCUGCUGAGUUCUACCCACACAUCGUCUCCGGAGGGGACUGGCACCAGUCUCAGACCAUGGGGGAUAGGUAUCAGAAGCUGCUCCCCCUACUGAGCUUCUCACUGCAGUCCAUCGACAACUCCCACUCUAUGGUGGGCAAGCUGUCUCGCCGCGUGUUCCUGAGCGCCGCGCGCAUGGUGGCCCGCGUGCCGCACGUCUUCGUCAAGCUCCUGGACAUGCUAAGCGUCACCAGCUCCACGCACUACGCCCGCAUGCGCCGCCGCCUGCUCGCCAUCGCCGAGGAGAUGGACAUCCUGGAUGCCAUCAACCUGGGCCUGGAGAGCAUGGAGCACAGCGCCAGCGAUGCCCACCAACGGGCCAACGCCGCCUUCCUUGAGCCCUCCGCACCUCAGAACUCGCCCAACGUGACCGAGAGCAACACCCCGACGCAUACGGUCCAGAUGACCAGCGGGAAGGGAGGGAGAGGUUUCUCCGGCAAUGUGGGAGCGAGUCCUGAGGAUAUAAGUGAGAGGUUAGCGGCCAUCUCCACUAGCGCUGGGCGUCCCAAUAUGGCCACUUCCACGUGUGGUGGGGCCCUGGCCGAGCCAAAGCCUCCCGUUCAGGCGCGUAACCGCCCCCUCAGCCAGUGCCUGAACUCUACGCCUACCAGCCAAGCCCCCAGCCUCCCCUCGCCCUCCGCCUCCCACCCUCCCCCAUCCUUCCCAGGACCUGACAGCAGUACCAAACCCCGGCCCCAGAGCUUCGUCCCCAGCAAGCUUGCGUCAACUGCCCCCUCUGCUUCCUCCUGCUCUCCAGGCUCCCAGCGCAGGUUUCCCCAGCAGAAGCCCUUCAGCAAUAAGGACCCAGAGAAGCAGCUCCCCUCCCCCUGUUUCACCCAGGCCCGACCCCUCCCCUCCAGCCAGAUCCACAGACCAAAGCCCUCCCGACCCACCCCCUCCGAGGGGGCCAAGACCCUCUGCACCUCGCCCACUCCAAGAGCCUCCAAGAUGGGCAUGAAGCUGGACCUCCAAGGGGAAAAGCCCAGCCUCUCCACCAGCGCCUCCGGAGGUGAAGGCCCCUCCACAGGGGGCCACAUGGGGGGUGCCACCACCCUCAUCAGCAGCGAGGACAGCUGCUUCACCCCUGUGGAAGAGAAGUUCCGUGGACUGGACGCCUCUGCUGAGCUCAACUCCUCCAUGGAAGACCUCCUGGAAGCAUCUUUGCCCGUUGCCGGCGACACCACCACCGUCACGUUCCAGUCGGAGGUGGCCGUGCUGUCGCCGGAGCGGGCUGGGGACGGGCCAGGAGGAGGGGGAGAGGUGGGGAUGUACAGUGAGGACGUGACGCAACACCAGAAGUGCAAGGAGAAGAUGGAGGCGGAGGAGGAGGCGGCGCUGGCUGUAGUUAUGGCCAUGUCCGAGUCGCAGGAUGCGCUGCCCGUCAUCCCCCAGCUGCAGGUGGAUAAAGACCAGGACAUCAUCAUCAUCCAGGCAGAUACUCCAGAGACUCUGCCUGGCCAUACCAAAGCCAAGCAGCCCUACAGGGAGGGCCAGGAGUGGUUGAAGGGCCAGCAGAUCGGCCUGGGGGCCUUCUCCUCCUGCUACCAGGCCCAGGACGUGGGCACUGGCACCCUGAUGGCAGUCAAACAGGUGACCUACGUCAGGAACACAUCGUCGGAGCAAGAGGAGGUGGUGACUGCUCUGAGGGAGGAGAUCCGGAUGAUGGCCCACCUCAACCACCCCAACAUCAUCCGUAUGCUGGGGGCCACCUGUGAGAAGAGCAACUAUAACCUGAUGGUGGAGUGGAUGGCAGGUGGCAGUGUGUCCCAUCUCCUGAACAAGUAUGGGGCCUUCAAGGAGGCUGUGAUCAUCAACUACACGGAGCAGCUGCUCCGAGGCCUGGCCUACCUCCACGAGAACCAGAUCAUCCACAGAGACAUCAAAGGUGCCAACCUGCUGAUUGACAGCACAGGUCAGAGGCUGAGGAUAGCUGACUUUGGUGCUGCAGCUAGACUGGCCUCCAAGGGCACUGGGGCAGGGGAGUUCCAGGGCCAACUCCUGGGAACCAUUGCCUUCAUGGCCCCAGAGGUGCUGCGUGGACAGCAGUACGGCCGGAGCUGUGACGUGUGGAGUGUGGGCUGUGCCAUCAUCGAGAUGUCGUGUGCCAAGCCCCCCUGGAACGCAGAGAAACACUCCAACCACCUCGCUCUCAUAUUCAAGAUUGCGAGUGCCACCACGGCUCCCUCCAUCCCUCCCCAACUGACCCCUGGCCUGAGGGACGUCACCCUGCGCUGCCUUGAGCUGCAGCCUGCCGACCGGCCCCCAUCCAGGGAACUCCUCAAGCACCCCGUCUUCCGCCUCAACUGGUAGUCCCCAACAUCCUCCCACAGUCCCCAACAUCCUCCCACAGUCCCCAACAUCCUCCCACAGUCCCCCACAUCCUCCCACAGUCCCCAACAUCCUCCCUAUCCCAUAGUGUCUACUACUGAAGGCCCAGCCAGCCUGCCUGCUUUUCUCUCCUCUUCCCACCGCUGACAAUCAGACCAGCCUACCUAACCCUAGACCGACCUCCAUCCACCACCGACCAGCCUCCCUAACCCCAGACUGCCCUCCAUCCACCACCGACCAGCCUCCCUAACCCUAGACCGCCCUCCAUCCACCACCGACCAGCCUCCCUAACCCCAGACCGCCCUCCAUCCACCCCAGACCAGCCUCCCUAACCCCAGACCGACCUCCAUCCACCCCAGACCAGCCUACCGAACCCUAGACCGACCUUCAUCCACCACCGACCAGCCUACCUAACACCAGACUGCCCUCCAUCCACCCCAGACCAGCCUCCCUAACACCAGACUGCCCUCCAUCCACACCAGACCAGCCUCCCUAACACCAGACUGCCCUCCAUCCACACCAAGCUGCCCCCAGUUAUGAGUGGAGGGCCUGGGAUGGAUGGGAUAAUACCCUCCCGUUCCACUACUAUGGCCUCAAACUGCUGUACCUUUAGCACAAAAUGCAAAAAGCAAGUCGCAAAAGUUCUACUACGAAAACGGUGCUUUCUUAGUUAGUGCCAUGUUGGUAUACUGUAGUCUGUAUUGCUCUGUUUUAUCAAGCCUCUGUUCUGGUAAAGAAAUGGUUCCUUUAGCACUUUGGUAGCCAUUUUGCAAUGGUUUCGAGAAGUUCCUCUUCCCAUUUUAACCCCCCGUGAGUCAACAAAUAAGUCCUUAGAACCGCAAUCUGGAGACACCGGAGUAAAAUGGUUUUUAUCACUGUUCCGUUGUGACGUCGGGUCAUAAGUUUCCGACUCGGUUUUUGUUUUUAGAGUAUCCUAUGUGUAGAAGAAAGGCAUAAUGAAGCUGUUUUAAUCGAUUGAAUUUGUGCAUAACUGCAUUUCUAUAAAGAUGCUUUUAAGAUGUGCAUUUUACUGUUGGGCCAUAAAGCUUAGUCGAAUAAUCAUGAAGAUUACUUAAGUAUUUCAGGGAGCGGUGAUUGAUCUAACAGAAACAUUGCUAGUUCGGCUAGCAUAACGCUGAAUGUGAACGCUUAUGAUGCCCGCAUUGUCUCCAAUGUUAUUUUGUUCUUUGAUUAUUUUAUUUUUUUGAGAUAAAGAUCCCAUGUAUGAAGUUAUGAUUUUUUUUUAUAUAUAUAUAUACAAUAACACCCCAAAAAGAUAUAAAUAUAUUUUUUUUGGUGUCAUUGUAUAUUCAAAGCUAUCCUUAAGAGAUUGAGACAUUUAUUGUGUAUGGGCGUAAGUUUUCCAAACAACACUUUGAUGUCGUACCACACUGUUAAAAUGAAAACACCCUGUUGGUCUCUUAACUCUCGCUGUUACAAUUGAGCCAUGUGCAUCGCACAUAUUUUAGCCUUUUUAAAUAAUUUUAUGAGCCCUAAAUGCUGUGUCCAUACAUUCAAAACCGCUAUAUUCAAUAUUGAUCUACCAUUCUUCUGGUGCUGUUCCUUUGUAGAAUGUCACGCUACAAUUCAACAAUUAAAUUUUUUAUUAUUUUUUAUCUUGGCUCUAUUUUUAAAACAAAUUGUUAUAAAAUCCAUGUACAUCUGAGGUUUUCUAUGACUCUUCUAUUUUCCAUUGUGGAUACUCUAUAUAAUGAAUAAAUGCUGUACAAUUUUUUUAUUUUCGGUGGAGGGAUAUUUCUGAUUUAAGGCUGACUUUUCUGCUUAAAUGUUUUACCAUCUUUUUGAUUAGAAUUCUCAAACAUGUUCCUAAAUGGUGUUAAUUUAUGAACUAUAACUCUCCAAGUGUUGUUGUUCUGGUUGUAAUCCAUUAAAGUAAUUGCAUGUAAUUGCUAUUUUUAUUUGGCAUCCCUUAAUGGCAAGGGUUUGAGACAAUUAAAAAAAAUAUCAAAAAAAAAUUAAGCAGAAAAUGUAAUCUAUUUAAAACAAAUCCUAUUCUUUACAUGGAGUACAAGCUGAUCAAGCUUGAAGAGUUAAAUGUAAAUACAUGUGAAGUUUGGUAGCUAAAAUGAUUGUACUUGACUGUAUUUUUAUACCACACUCUUUUCCAUUUUAAUUUUUUGUUCCUGCUUCGGGUUAUUUUUCUUAUGCCUUUUUAAAAGCUUUAAAGUUAUGCACUCUGGUCUUUUUUAUAUACUGGAAGAAAAAUCUGUUUCUGUCAUUCAUAAAAGCUAAUCAGUAUUACUUCAAUUUGUCAUGUCUAUAAUUCUUACCAAUCUCUUAAUGCCUUCUGAAUCCUCUUGUCCACCUGUCUCAGCCAGCUUGCUGGUCUAUUUUGUCUUAUUUUAUGCUGAUGUGAUGUAAUCUUAUGUGCUUUUUUUGGAUCUAAGCUGGACUGAAAUUUGUGUGAAAUUGUUUCCUGUUUCCUGUGUCACUUGGUGGUACUUUUUUUUAUUUGUAAAGAACAUCUUGCUGUUUUAUUCCAGUCUCUACUACCUCAGGUGUCCUAUAGAGUCUCUUCUACCAAAGUUCACUUUCUCUCUAUAUAUAUAUUUAUAUAUAUAUAUAUAUAAUCUUUUUUACUUUUUUUUUCUCAAAGAUUUUCAGGGCUUAAGGGCUAACUUAUAUUAGCACCUUUACUGUGCAAAUAAACUCAUGAAAUAUCUGGAUUAAUAAAAAAAUGGCUUAAACUGUAUCCUGUAAGUUAAAAUGUAUCAAGAUAUUUUAAUUAUUACAAUUUUUACCCCAUUCUAAGCAUUUUAUUGCAUAAAUUGGAACUUAUUUUGGUGUCUGUCUUUAUGGUAAAUAAACAAAAAAUUGGGAAAAAGGUU